AUGAAUGCAUCUGUUUUCGAAAAUUGGUUUAGUAAUAUCCUGCAAAAAUUACCAAAAAACGCUGUUGUUGUAAUGGAUAAUGCAGCAUACCACAGCCGAAAAUUAGAAAAAAUUCCGACAACAUCAUCAAAAAAGAAAGACAUGCAGGAAUGGUUAAAAAUAAAAAAUAUUCCUUUCAAUUUGGAGAUGGUUAGGUCAGAACUAUUACAUCUGAUACGAUUAAAUAAAAAUGAGUAUAAUAUGUAUGUAACUGAUGAGAUGGCUAAAAAAAAUGGUCAAAUUGUACUGCGGUUGCCUCCAUAUCAUUGCGAGUUGAAUCCCAUUGAGAAAAUUUGGGCUCAAGUGAAAAAUGAAGUGGCAUUAAAAAACACAACAUAUAAACUGAAAGAAGUAAAAAAUCUUCUGUUACAAGCUCUGGACAAUGUAACUCCAACACAUUGGCAAAAUUGUGUUAAGCACAUCCUGAAAGUAGAGGAAAAAAUGUGUAAACUAGAUGGUAUCAUGGAUAGUGUCAUAGAACCACUAAUAAUUUCAAUUGGCAAUGAUGACAGUGACACCAGUUCCUCAGAAGAUGAAUAA